AUUCAUUUGCUUCUCUCCUUUGCGCGCGGUUCGUUCACUGGUGUAAAAAUCGUCCUGUUCGCAUUUAUGUGUUUUUAUCGUGAUUCUGUCAACCGAAAUCAUAUGUUUUUAGCCAGAAGAGAGAGACAACAAAACGGGUGGAGUUCUGCGGUGGAAAAUUGAAAAUUAUCAAGCACACGGCACACACAGUGAUUGAAGAGAAUGAAAAUAUAAUAAAAAUAUGGUUAGCCAUUCGAAAACCGUGGAAUAAAAUCGUGCAAAGAAAACCAGAAAACAAAAAAUUGUUAUCGCUCUCUCUCUCUCACUGCGAUUUGUGUUUAUGUCUCAGCUGUCUGAGUGUGUGUGCGGCCCGUGUGUGUGUGCCAGUGUGUGUGACGUAUGUGCGUGCAAGUGUUUGUGAUUUUAUGUUGUUGUUUUGCCUGCUUUCGCAUGAAAUUCAACGAUAACAACAACAAGAGCAACACCAACAGCCAACAACAAAUUUAAAUUGAGAUUUUCCAUUAAAUCCAAAGUUACAGGCAGAAAAUUUCCAGCUAUCAGGUAAACAAAAUUUGAAGUGACCAUAAAAGCUAUGUUACAAGGAGGCAAGAAACUAAAAUGAGGCAUUUAAGUGGGUUUUUUCUCUAAUUUUAUCUGGAAUAUCUGAAGUCGGUCUGGAGUGCUAUCCUGGACUUUCCUUUUUCGCCACCGCCUCAUCACCGGUCUCAUCAAACAUUCGACUAAUUGAAACAGUUUUUUAUAAUUGCAUCACAGCCUCACGUUGAUCCCCCUAACAUCCAGAAUUCCGAGCAAAGCGCACAAAAACCAUUUGAAAAAUCCUCACGCACAAUGAAAAACGACGUCGUGCGAUGGAGCAGGCAGCCAACUAGCAACAUUAACAUCAGCAGCAGUAGCAGCAUCAGCGGAAGCAGCAGCAACAGUCGAAGCGGCAGCAGCAAUAUCAGCCACAAACACAGAAGCAAAAGCAACAAAUUAAAUGCUCGACAAUUAGGGCCACAUGCUGCCAGAAGUUGUCAGCAGAGAGAAGGAGAUGUCGAAGGAGAAGAACAACAACAACAGCAACAAACAAUCAUUGAAUGUGAUAUAGGAAAUUUCAAUUUCGAUUGCAAUUUAUUCAAAACUAGUUUUUUAACGCAAUACAAACCGAAACUUAGUGGCAAGAUAAACUGCAACAGCAACAGCAACCGAAACAGAAGCAAAUGCAACCACAGCAGCAGCAGAAUCAGCAGCAGACACUUGGCGAAAACGAAAUCAGUGUUGCUGUUAGCUCUGCAAUUUAGUGCCGUAGUUUUUUUAUGUAAUUUUAAUGUCGGUUUCGUGGCCGGAAGUGUGGCAUCAUCGGCGGCGGCGGCAACAUCAUCAGCAAGCGGCUCAUCACCGCCAGCGCCUGCAUCCCCGCCCUCAGCUGCUGCACCACCAUCGCCGCCAUCACCACCGUCAUCACCACUUAAAGUGGAUCCAAAUGGCCAAUCGCCAGUGCUGCCGCCCUACAUUCUCGACUAUGAGACGGGCGGACGGGUCAAGUUAACGCCAAACAGUGGAAAGUAUGGCCAAUCGGGCAGUUCCGGUAGUAACAACCAAAUCGUUGGACACUAUACACACACCUGGGCGGUGCACAUACCGAACGGCGAUAAUGGCAUGGCCGAUGCUGUAGCCAAGGAUCACGGUUUCGUCAAUUUGGGCAAGAUCUUCGAUGAUCACUACCACUUCGCACAUCACAAGGUCUCGAAGCGGUCGCUCUCCCCCGCCACACAUCACCAGACUCGCCUCGAUGACGACGAUCGCGUCCACUGGGCGAAGCAGCAGCGGGCCAAGUCGCGAUCCAAACGAGACUUCAUCCGAAUGCGACCUUCAAGGACUUCGUCGCGAGCCAUGUCGAUGGUGGAUGCAAUGUCUUUUGACGACUCCAAAUGGCCGCAGAUGUGGUAUCUGAACCGUGGAGGUGGACUGGACAUGAAUGUGAUACCCGCUUGGAAGCAGGGCAUAACCGGCAAGGGAGUGGUGGUGACAAUCCUAGACGACGGUCUGGAGUCAGAUCAUCCAGACAUACAGGGAAAUUACGAUCCCAAAGCCUCAUACGAUGUUAACAGUCACGAUGAUGAUCCGAUGCCACACUACGACAUGACGGACUCCAAUCGUCAUGGAACUCGAUGUGCAGGAGAGGUGGCAGCCACCGCGAACAAUAGCUUCUGUGCCGUUGGCAUUGCUUAUGGAGCCAGUGUGGGUGGAGUCAGGAUGUUAGACGGAGAUGUCACGGACGCAGUAGAGGCAAGAUCUCUAUCACUGAACCCGCAGCACAUCGAUAUCUACAGUGCCUCAUGGGGACCCGAUGACGAUGGCAAGACAGUGGAUGGACCCGGAGAGUUGGCAUCGCGUGCCUUCAUUGAGGGCACCACCAAGGGUCGUGGCGGCAAGGGCAGCAUCUUUAUUUGGGCUUCGGGCAAUGGCGGGCGAGAGCAGGACAACUGCAAUUGCGACGGCUACACGAACUCCAUCUGGACGCUGUCCAUCUCCAGUGCCACGGAGGAGGGUCAUGUGCCCUGGUACUCGGAAAAGUGCAGCUCCACGCUAGCCACCACCUACAGCAGCGGCGGGCAGGGCGAGAAGCAGGUGGUCACCACGGACCUGCAUCACUCAUGCACUGUCUCCCACACGGGCACCUCGGCGUCGGCCCCGCUCGCCGCUGGCAUAGCCGCCCUUGUGCUGCAAUCUAACCAGAAUCUCACCUGGCGCGAUCUGCAGCACAUUGUUGUGCGCACCGCCAAGCCGGCGAACCUCAAGGACCCCAGUUGGUCACGUAACGGUGUGGGGCGGCGAGUGAGCCACUCCUUUGGCUAUGGUUUGAUGGACGCCGCCGAGAUGGUGCGUGUGGCACGCUCAUGGAAGUCAGUGCCGGAGCAGCAGCGUUGCGAGAUCAAUGCCCCUCAUGUCGACAAGGUCAUUCCACCACGUACCCACAUCACCCUGCAGCUGACGGUUAACCACUGUCGGUCAGUCAAUUAUCUGGAACACGUUCAGGCCAAGAUCACUCUAACCUCACAGAGACGCGGAGACAUCCAGUUGUUCCUGAGGUCUCCCGCCAACACCAGUGUCACUCUUCUAACGCCAAGGAUACAUGACAACUCCCGUUCUGGUUUCAACCAAUGGCCUUUCAUGUCUGUCCACACCUGGGGAGAAUCGCCGCGUGGAAAUUGGCAGCUGGAGAUCCACAACGAGGGUCGCUAUAUGGGCCAUGCUCUGCUCAGGGAAUGGUCGCUGAUCUUUUACGGCACCACUCAGAGCAUUGAUCCCAACGAUCCGAUUUCGGUGCCCAGGCCUAGUGGUUCGGAGGCCACCACACCGAAUAGCAGCAGCACCACCAGUAAUCUCCAUCAAGCCUAUUCACCCCAGUAUCCCCGCAUUCCACCCAAUAACUUUGGUAGCUCACCAUCUGGCGGGUCCAAGUUGCCUUUGGGCAAAGUGCCUGCGCCCAAUAAGUCCACUUAUGUGACCAACAAUCCGCUGCUGAAUCCUGCACCACCCAAACAGGGUUACCAACAGAUUUCGGCCACCUAUGGAGUGAUAUUGGGCAAAGCAAAUGGAAAGGCUAACAAUAACAGUAAGGAGAAGACCAAUAACAAGGGAAACAAGGCUAAUAAUGGUGGUAACAAGGGAAAAUCCGGUGGAUCGGGUGGUGGCAAUCGCAAGGAGCAAACCACCCCAAGUACCAUCGUUCAGACCACCACCAGUAGAAAUAAGUUUUACCGCAUUUCCCAGCAACAGCAGCAGAAGAACAAUAAACAGGACAGAAAUGGCGUCCAAACCCAAAGGCCAAAAGCCAACUCCGGAGAGAAAUCCUACGAUGAGAAGAGCCGUAAAGUGGUUGGAGAGAUCACGACAACCACUGGCAACGGUUCAAUCAAAGCUGCCAAACAGGUGAAGGAGAGUACCACCUCCUCUACGAACUCCCGGAUACCCAAACUCUUCGAACGCUAUGAAAAGAUACAAGCCAUUUUCCCGGAACUCGAACCCUAUGAGAAUAGUUCACCCAAGGGAAAGCCAAAGCAGGCCAAGCAGGGAAAACAGUUCGAGGUGGAGCUCUUUAGACCCACAACGGGGGGAAAUAGUCGCCAGGGAAAUACAAAGAAAUCACCAUCGGUGCCGCCGCCAUCGCAAACGAUGCCAACGCUUUCCAUUUUACCCAUUCUACCCGCGGGCGGUAGUAGCUUCCUGCCCGAUCAAAAGAUCCUGAAGAAGCAGCAAUUGCUGAUGGCCGCCGCCGGAGUUAUGGCUCCUGCUCAGGUCGAGGUGGAAAUGGAAGAGGUUCAAGCUACUCCUGAUUACGAGGAGCCCAGAGACCAGCGAAAGCAGGUCAAAGGACCAAAUGCACAAAUCACACAAUGGGACAUGAUAUUCUAUGGCACCGAAACCCCCGCCCAGCCCGAGGACGUCGCCAAUCCCGGCCAGUCGAACCAGUUCAAUUUGUACGGAAACGAUAUGGCCCACAAUGACAUCGAGUACGAUUCCACCGGCCAGUGGAGGAAUAUGCAGCAGGUGGGCGAGGUGGGCAUGACCCGAGAUCACAGCAACACCGCCGCGUGCCUUAAGUGGAGCGAUCGCAAGUGCUUAGAGUGCACUGAUACCGCUUAUAUGUUCGAGGAUCUGUGCUAUGAUGUCUGUCCGGUGCACACAUAUCCGUUGGAUAAACUGGCAGCAGAGGAGGAGGAUUUAGAUGACGGCGAUGUGAACAGCAGUCCUGUUAAUCCGUAUAUCAAACCCACCGAUAAUCAUCCCUCAUUGAUGUCCAACAGCAUAGACGACAAGCAGGAUCCUCUGCAGGCGGAGGAUCGUCGUCGUCGUCGUCGCAGUUCCACCGACGCACCCCUAACGCAACUGGUGGAGACACCAGCUCGCAUCUGUGCCCCUUGCGACCGCAGUUGCUUGGCCUGCUAUGGACCACUGGCUUCGCAGUGCAGCACCUGUACGGCGGGCAGCCAACUGCGGAAGAUCCAGAAUGAGACCUUCUGCUAUGCCUAUGUAGUACGCAGCACGGGAAUGGCCAGUUUGGUGGACGUAUCUGAAAUGGGCGAGAGGAAACCGCAGCAAAACCUACCUCUCACUACGGUUCUCUUGCUAGUAUCGGUGGUUUUAACCGUGAUAGGGGUGGUAGUUGCCGGAGGUAUUGUCUAUCACCGAAGGGCAAUUGCGCGAUCUAAUGAAAUUUACUCCCGAGUAUCUCUAAUGGCAGGCGAUGAAAGUGACUCUGAUAAUGAUGACGAACUGUUCAGAGCAAAUUUCCUAAGCAAAAAACCGGAUGUUUUUGAAUAUCGCGACGAAGCACCCAGCGAAAAGAUCUCUGAAAGUGAGGAGAUCAGCCAUUUGGUACCCUAGAUUAUCGAUUAAAUAAAUACUUAGUUAGGUCAUGCAUUUAGCCAUCCUCAUAACCACCUGAAAUUUUUAUAAAUCCUCUGCCACGGACAAUCACAGUUUUGGUUUAUAUUUUAUAACAUUCGACGACCUUAUAACUCCUUCAUUUCAAGCCAAAAUAGAUUAAAGUAUUACAAAAUUGAAAAAAAAUGAACAGAAAAUCAAAACUAAUUAUAUGUAAUAUUUAUGCCUUAAUAAAAUGAUUAUAAUUUAACAUGAAAUGUCUAAUCUU